UUUCUGGUUUGCGUAAGUCCCUCGUGCAGUAGCAGUUUGUCUUCAUUCGGCCACCGUCCCGUCAGCUUUACGGAGUAUUUUGUCCGCCUGCCGCCGCCGUCGUCCCAGAUAUUAGUCACCGAGUUCAGGGCAGGGGAGCGUGUUUUGGGGGAGCCGGCUGGCGUUGCCGGCGCCAUGGAGUCACCUUUUAGCCCGGGACUCUCUUACCGGCCGGAUGAAGACUGGGAUUCUACUCUAUUUGCUGAACUUGGCUAUUUCACAGACACUGAUGACCUGCAAUUGGAUGCAGCAAAUGAAACUUACGAAAACAAUUUUGAUAAUCUUGACUUUGAUUUGGAUUUGAUGCCUUGGGAGACAGGCAUUUGGGACAUGAACAAUCAAUUCUGUACAGUUAAAGAUAUUAAGGCAGAACCUCAGCCGCUUUCUCCGGCUUCCUCAAGUUGUUCAGUCUCAUCUCCUCAGUCAGUGGACUCUUAUUCUUCAACCCAGCAUGUCCCUGAGGAGUUGGAUUUGUCUUCUACUUCCCAGAUGUCUCCCCUUUCCUUAUAUGGUGAAAGCUCUAAUAGUCCCUCCUCAGCAGAGCAACUGAAGGAAGAUAAGCCCAUCAUUGGUCCUAGGAAAGGAACUGUAAAUGGACUGACUCCAAAGAAAAACAUUCAGAUGAAUUCAAAACCUUCAAUUCAACCCAAGCCUUUAUUACUUCCAGCAGCACCCAAGACUCAAACAAACUCCAGCGUUCCAGCGAAAACCAUCAUUAUUCAGACACUACCAACACUCAUGCCAUUGGCAAAGCAGCAACCAAUUAUCAGUAUACAUCCUGCACCUGCUAAAGGUCAGACUGUAGUGCUCUCUCAGCCUACCGUGGUACAACUUCAGGCACCUGGAGUUCUGCCCUCUCCUCAGCCAGUCCUUACUGUUGCUGGCGGAGCCACACAGCUCCCUAAUCAUGUGGUGAAUGUGGUACCGGCCCCCGUGGCGAAUAGCCCAGUGAAUGGAAAACUGACUGUGACUAAACCUGUCCUACAAAGUACCAUGAGAAGUGUGGGCUCAGAUAUUGCUGUGCUAAGGAGACAGCAACGUAUGAUAAAAAAUCGGGAGUCAGCUUGUCAGUCCCGCAAGAAGAAGAAAGAAUAUAUGCUGGGGUUAGAGGCAAGAUUAAAGGCAGCCCUUUCAGAGAAUGAGAAGCUGAAGAAAGAGAAUGGAUCACUGAAACGGCAGCUGGAUGAAGUUGUAUCAGAGAAUCAGAGGCUUAAAGUUCCUAGCCCGAAGCGAAGAGCUAUCUGUGUGAUGAUAGUAUUGGCAUUUAUAGUACUCAACUAUGGACCUAUGAGCAUGUUGGAACAGGAUUCCAGGAGAAUGAAGCCUAGUGUGAACCCUGCAAAUCAGAGGAGGCAUCUUCUAGGAUUUUCUGCUAAAGAUGUGCAAGACACGUCAGAUCCUGUCAUCCAGAAAAACAACUACAGAUAUGAUCAUUCUGUUUCAAAUGACAAAGCCCUCAUGGUGCUAACUGAAGAACCACUACUCUAUAUUCCUCCACCUCCUUGUCAACCCCUGAUUAACACCACAGAAUCUCUCAGGUUAAAUCAUGAACUUCGAGGGUGGGUUCAUAGACAUGAAGUGGAAAGGACCAAGUCGAGAAGAAUGACGAAUAAUCAACAGAAAACCCGUAUUCUUCAGGGUGCACUAGAACAGGGCUCAAAUUCUCAGCUCAUGGCUGUUCAAUACACAGAAACUACUAGUAUCAGCAGGAACUCAGGGAGUGAGCUACAAGUGUAUUAUGCUUCACCCAGAAGUUAUCAAGACUUCUUUGAAGCCAUCCGCAGAAGGGGAGACACAUUUUAUGUUGUGUCAUUUCGAAGGGAUCACCUGCUGUUACCAGCUACCACUCAUAACAAGACCACACGACCAAAGAUGUCAAUUGUAUUACCUGCAAUAAAUAUAAACGAGAACGUGAUCAAUGGUCAGGAUUAUGAAGUGAUGAUGCAGAUUGACUGUCAGGUGAUGGACACCAGGAUCCUCCACAUCAAAAGCUCGUCGGUUCCUCCUUACCUCCGAGACCAGCAGAGGAAUCAAACCAACACCUUCUUUGGUUCCCCUCCAGCAGCCACGGAGGCAGCCCACGUCGUCAGCACCAUCCCUGAGUCAUUACAAUAGUACCCUGGGGCUACGUUGGAAAACUAAGAGUGGGACCCUGCCAAAUUGAAGAGUGGGUGAGAGAAAUGCUUCCUUGCGCCUUCUUGGUGGCGAGCAGAGAACUGCCUCACAACAGAGUUCAAGGGAUAGAGAGAGAAAAAAAGAAGCUGCUCUACUUUUCAUCAUCUGCCCAUCUACUUGGAAAGCACUGGAAUUCAGAUGCAAGGGGAACAGCAUUUCUCCAGUGACAAACGUAGCCCUGCACCCUCCAGUGUUGCCUGGUGUGGAUUUUUUUCUGUACUUUUCUAAAUUGCUUUUGCUUCUGUAUUUGCUUUGUGUUUAAAUAGUCAUCUUCUUUCAAAUAAGAUCCACUUCUCCUCUCUGCCAUUUCACUCAUUGAUACAGUAAAGAGAUUUUUAUUUUUAUUUACAGCUAAUAUCACACAGAUGUUUCUUGUGAUUAGAUUUUUCAUUAAUUUAAUGUGAACCCAUUGUGGAUAUUGUGCUUAUUGGAUAACAAAUUUCAAAACCAGAACAGCCAAAAACAUCUCCCAAAGAGUCAAAACAAUGUGGAGCUUUAGGUAAAGGGAAAAUUCCCACUUGGUAAAGUUUAUCUUUACUUGGGAUUUGCAGGUCACACCUGACACUGCACAUGAAUAACUGUGUUGGGGGUCAAAGGGUGGGUAGCAAAUUUGAGAGAAUGAAAUGGAAGAGAAGAAGGGUCAGUAAUGGGGCUUUGAAAGAGGAGAUAGCUCCAUUAAUACAUAUGUUUAAAACACUGACAGUUUGAUGCAAUUGCAGUUUAGGAUUAAAGCCACAGCUACCAUUUAUUUUGAGGACUCGAGGCCACUGAAUAUUGGCAUACAUACUUAUGUCUUCUCUUUACUAAUCUGGUGCAGAUCUUCAAGGACCAUAGGACAGAUCUUUCAUUUUCAUUGUGAAUCCCCACCCACUACAGACCUUCUAUUAAUGUGAUGAUACCAAAUUCAGCUAAGGAACACGGAGGUGACUUUAGACUAAGCAAACAAGAGCGUUUUCUCUUGAGAAUUGACAAGAAUUUAUUCCUUAAGACUCUGCAGACAGACAGGCAAGCUUGGAUUCCUGCUGGGGGAAUGCAUCCCAUAAUAUGGCAAUAAUUUUCAGUUUCUCCAGUGAAAAAACAGUGAAGGGAUUAACUCUUUUGUCCUUCCAUGGUAAAACAAAAAAAAACACUACUGUGUUCACUUACAUUUUACUGUACUUGGACUGCUUUCUUCUCCUCUCUGAUUUCCACAGUUUCUAAAGUGCCGCCGCCUCCUCCUCUUCCUGUGAAACUUUUCAGUUUCUCAAUAGAACUCAUUCUGCAAACAUUGCAUCCUACCCUAACUGACUUACCUUUGUCAGAUUUCUUCCCCUCCGUUUCACACUUUAUCAAUCUCUUCCUCCUUGCAAGAAAAGGAAAGAGAAAUUAUAUCAACUCCUGAAGGAUUACAUGUAGCUGGUUAGUUUUCUGCCUGUGAAAUUAGGCAUGGCUUCCAAAUAAUUUUGAAGAAUCACUAAUACUUCUAACUCUCUGGAUAGUGAUGCCUCCCUGCCCAAGCUAGUUAGGUGCUGUCUGAGGAAGUCAGUUCAACUUUUAUGAGGGAAAAAGGGGGCUCUGUUGCUCUAUUGCCUGGGAAUCUGGAGUUUGUAAGGCGUUAAUUAGCCUUCCUCUGUUCCCCGUGUACAAACCGUUGAGUCAGUGCAGCACGCCCCUCUGAUUGGGCUAUCCUGGGUGAUGUUCACACAAGAACCAUUUUCCCUGGGGACCAUCUUACUUCUAAUGGGCCCAAGGAAUAGAAGGCAAAUGCAUAGAAGACCUUUGGAUUACAGGGCAGUCUUCUCGUGGAGUAUCUUCUCCUGGCCUUGCCCCUCCCCAUCCUGUGUGAAUUAGCCGAACAAGAAGCUGUGACUGGGGCUAGUAGGCAGCGGCAACAUGGUCAUUCCUAAGCUGCUAAUCUUCUACUGGAGCUGUCGUAGCUAUCACAGUAGAUGCAAACACAGUAUCCGUGGAGUGAUUAUAGAUGGUGCUUCCUUCCUCUCCUUUGCACUGAAUCACACAAGUACCAUCCAUCACAUGGACUUCUUUUUAGCACCUCGAUUUUACUUUAUCCCUCUAUUCCCAGCUUUUCCUGUGCUCAUUUUUACCAACUCAUCAGACUGAAGACUUCGGGUAUGUUAUGUUAGCCCACCGUCAUGCCUCUCGUACGGGUGAAAACGUGGGUGACAGUUAGGAAGGAGUUGUGACGGAAGAGCAGGCAGCCCUGGUUGUGGAGUUCAGAGAGCCUGUGAAGUGACCGUCAGAAGCCAUCUGGGCCUUGCCUUCUCCGUUCACUCGCUGCCCCUUCAGCUCCUUGUCAUUACUUGUUCUGGAGUUGAUCUUUUUGAGAUGAGGGAAUAGGAUUCUCUUCAGGGUAAAGUUUCAGGAGAUGAGUGAAAGGCAACUAACAAGUACGAAAAAGUAUUCUACUUUUUAAAUUGCUAUCAAAGCUAUUAUUAAUCCCUGAGCACAAUAGUAGUUUUUAUUUUAAUGUCUGUCUGCUAGCACAAGGCCCUUUAGGAAAUGGAAAGUUGCUAUGCCGGCUUAAUAAAUUAAACUAGUGUUUUGGCUUAA